UUGUGGGUGUACGUGGACUUUUAUAUACACCUCUGACACCACGGACCACCACGAAUACCCUCUUUCUGUCAAGGCGCUGUCAGAAAGGAACUGACUCCAUACCGAUUACAUUUGUACCAGCCAUUUCGUGGGAGGCUGGAAGGCUUCAUCUGGGGUCUCCUACUUCUGAUAUACACAAUUUCCGCUUCUUUCUCCCGAGUCACUCAUCCAGAUCAUCAGUCACUCAUUUUAGCAAUUUGUCAAGUCCUCUUGGCUGGGGGAAGUUGAGCGUACGGUCGAAGAGCCAUAAUCACAAAAGGACCAUACCGGAGCUUGAGACAAAGCGACGGGAACACCUGCUUGAGAGGGCCGAUCGUGGGUUGCUUUGUGGUCGUGGUGCAGGUUGAGGACGGGCAUAUCAAAAGAACGGUCCACAAAACAAACAAUCUGAAGCGACCACUUGGGAGGCUUGUGGUCGGGAUGAGGGCGACCUCAUUACAGGCCGCCGCCAUGCAGUGUACCGUCCUCGUGCUGCUCAUCUCAUUCAUCUACACGAAUACGGCGUCGGCCAUGCCUCGAGGCCCACGGGAGCACUUUCAAUUGAGUGCUGCAACAACACCAGCAGAUUCAUACUUUGAUCCUCAGCCUCAGUAUAUCAAGCUCACACGACCAACGACACAGUCCGAGGUUCAAAAGCAGAUCGAAAUCGAAGUCAGUUCGCAACUGAAGGAGAAAGAUGCUCCUUCAGCAGGAGGGCUGGGCACCUGGGGAGGUAUUCAGAAGGAGACGACCAAAGCCGACCUUAUGCAUAUAUUGCAAGAUUGGAAAGCGUGGAAGCGGCAAUUUGACCAGCAGGCGAGGGAAAGGAGCUGUCGAGUUUCGAACCGUGGAUGUGCUCGUUGGCGGAAGAGAAAGUGACGGAGGCAUGAGACAUAGCCUCUGAGUGGAGAAAUGGCAAUGAACAUGAAAAGCAGGAUGAAAGAAACGAAUCACAUGACGAUGAAUAAGCCCUUGAUCUUUCGGGGUUGGAUGAUACCUUAGGUCGAGGUUUGCUUGUCCUUUGUCAACAGUGCUUGACUGCUGUUUGGACCGGAUGCAUGUUGCCGUUGCUUGAUGGACACUGUUCAAUGGCGUUGUUUUCCUCAAAAGGUGGACGCCGGCAUGCAUGUAGAUUUUAUGAUUGACGAGUCAAUGAAAUGAUGCUUUGAUGAGAGCCUAAAAUGAAGUGCAAGUGAAUGUUUGAUGAAGU